UCGAAUCUGAUAUCAAUUAAAACAAUAAUUACAAUUUUCUAAGUAAAAUUACGACUUCAAUUCUGACCUUUAGAUUACUAUACUCAUUACUCCCAUACGUCAGUCUAUCGCAUAAUAAAAAAUAAAAAAUAAAAAAUAGAAAAUUUUCUCUUCCCCCCUAAGUCCUAACCAAAUCUCACUCAUUGUCAUAUUACAAAUAUUAUUCAUCCUCCAUCACAAAUCUAUCCCAAAUCUCUUCUCCUUCCUCCAUUUCCAUUCCUUCAAUGGAAGAAACAUCAUUUGUAAUCCCCAUAUCUCUCAUCUUUGUUCUCCUACACACCCUUCCAAUACUCACUCUUUCUCCUCCCACUUCCCCAUCAAAAUCCCCUCUCCCUUCCCCUUCAACACCAUCUUCUUCAACCCUUGAUCCUAAACAACUAAGAGCCUUACAAUCUCUCAAUAUACCCACCUCAAAAGAUCCAUGUACAACCCCUAAAACCUUACAAAAUGUCAUCCAUUGUGACAAUUCCAAGCCAUUUCAUCACCUAACUUCACUUCACCUUAUCAAUUGUUCUGAUGAUGUUUCCCUUUCAAUAACUGCCCUUAAAUCUUUAUCCACUCUUCAAGAUCUUCAAUUCAUAAACUGCCCAAUUGCCCCUGUUUCUUUCCCAUCUGAAUUAGCCUCAAAUCUUAAAUCCUUCACUUGUUUCAACAGUUUAAGAAAAUUAACUGGAGUUUUUCUUAGUCAUUUAGUAAAUGUUACAGAUCUUAAUGUCACUGGUGUUCCUAUUAAAGCUAGUGGCCCUGUAAUUAUUCUUGCCCACUUGAAAAAAGUGAACAAAGUUACCAUUUCUAAUGCUAAUCUUACUGGAAAUCUACCAGGAAAAUCAUGGAAUUCCAACAUUUCCCACAUUGAUUUAUCAAAAAAUCAUCUCAAAGGAAAAAUACCCAAUUCAAUUACUGAAUUAGAAAACCUAUAUUCACUUGAUUUAUCCUCAAAUCAGCUUACUGGAGAAUUACCCACUUCGAUUGGUGACCUAAUUGAGCUAAGAAAUUUAUCAGUUUCAUCAAAUUCAUUAUCUGGGUCAAUUCCUGAAUCUAUUGUUUCAAUGCCGUCUUUGGUAUAUCUUGAUUUGAGUUCAAAUCAAUUUAAUGGAAGUAUCCCCAAAUUUUUAGCAGAUAUGAAGAGUUUGAAGUAUUUGAAUCUUGAACGAAACAAUUUCCAAGGAAUUUUACCCUUUAAUUCUUCAUUUAUUAAGAGAUUAGAGGUUUUUAAAAUUGGGGAAAAUGCCAAUUUGUGUUAUAAUCAUACUACAUUAUCUUCAAAAAUGAAGCUGGGUAUUUCUCCUUGUGAUAAGAAUGGUUUACCGAUAUCUCCUCCGACGAAAUCGCCGUCUUCCGACGAUGAUUAUAGCGGCGACGACAGCGACGAUGAUAGUAGCUCGGAGGAUUCAACUAGCAAGAAAAGUGGUGGACAUCAUGGUCCAAAUAAGGUUGUUCUUGGUGUUGCUAUUGCUCUUUCUUCUAUUGUUUUCUUGAUUAUUUUCUUAAUUUUAUUAUCAAGGAGAUGUGCAUGAUUAAUUAGAGUUUAUGAUUAUUAAUUCUUUUUAGAUUUUUUAUUAUUAGAUUAGAAUGAAAACUUGUUAAUUUGAAAAAAAAAAUGAAGAUUCAAAAUUUGAUAGGCAAACAAGAUUACAUUAUAUUACUUCAGUGUUAUUGAGUGGCUCCCACGAAAUUUGGAAGGGAAGACGGUAGUUUUUAAUUAAUUUUUCAUUAUUAUUAUUUUUUUUCACAUUUGUGUGAUUAUUUGUUUAAUUUUAUAAUAUUAUCAUGAAGAGCCAGCAAAGAAUUGGUAA